UGCAGCCAAUCCCAGCGGUGUUCAGGGUCAGGUGAUGCCCAUGGAGGAGUUGGGGUGUAGCUCAGGAUGGGGGGUGAGGGUGAAGGGGGAGCAGGGGAAGAGAGAGGACAGGCGGCUGGCAGGGGUGUGUGGUCUGGCUAACAGUGGUAACUCCUGCUACAUGAACGCUGUGCUGCAGUGUCUCUUCUCCACUGUGCCGUUGGUGGAACACCUUCUCAGCUCACACAAACGCUCCCAGCUGGCCAAGCGUAACAGUCCUGUAGCGGGGGUGUUUGUGCACCUCUUCCAGGAGGUGUGGCAGGGUCAGGGGGGUACCAGCUUCACCUCUCCAGGGGAGAUGAGGGCCUUGGUCUCCUCCCUGCACCCCCAGUUCAACAACCAAUCACAGCAGGACGCCCAGGAGCUACUCCUCCUCCUGCUCAACGCCCUGCAUGAUGACCUCAAGAAUACUCCUUCCACACGACUCCGUCCAUACGACUCCGUCCACACGACUCCUUCCACACGACUCCUUCCACACGACUCCUUCCACACGACUCCUUCCACACGACUCCUUCCACACGACUCCUUCCACACGACUCCGUCCACACGACUCCUUCCACAUGACUCCUUCCACACGAAGGGGGAGAGACGACAGACACGUUCUUCCCAGCGGUUGUGUCUGGGCAGGAAGUCGCUCAGCUCGGCGCCAGCGGCGGGGGAUUCUACGGUGGUGACACGUCUCUUCGAGGGACAACUCAGCUACCAGAUGCUGUGUCUGCGCUGUGACGGACACUCCCACAGCAACCAAGUCUUCACCAUCCUGUCUCUGCCUAUACCACUGGACUCAUACAAGUGCUCCCUACAGGAACUGCCUGUCGCUGUUCUUCCAGCAGAAAAGACGUUGACUUGUGGAGAUCAGGGAUUUGUCCAGAGUGUGGGUGAAGAGAACACAGCUGUCCUCACCAGCAUGGCCAAACCACCUGAGAUACUGGUGCUGCACCUCAAGCGUUUUGGUUGCCAUGGGAGUGAGAAGAGGAAGUUGAGGACCAAUGUGUUGUUCUCAUUGGACAGUUUAGACCUAACCCCCUUCCUGUCCAGACCCUCAGCCAAUCACACCAGCUACUCUCUCUACGCAGUGGUGAACCACGCAGGAGACCUGGACAUGGGUCACUACACGGCCCUGUGCCACAGUACCCUGUCCAGCAGCUGGCACCACUUCGACGACACGGCCGUGAGCGAGGUAGUGGACUUCUUGGUGCAGUCUCCUAACGCCUACAUCCUGCUGUACAGCCGUCAACCCUUCCACAGGCCCAACAUACCCCAGAUCUGACCCACCACAGGCCCAACAUACCCCAGAUCUGACCCACCAUACCCCAGAUCUGACCCACCACAGGCCCAACAUACCCCAGAUCUGACCCACCAUAGGCCCAACAUACCCCGGAUCUGACCCACCACUGACCCAACAUACCCCAGAUCUGACCCACCACAGGCCCAACAUACCCCAGAUCUGACCCACCAUAGGCCCAACAUACCCCAGAUCUGACCCACCACAGGCCCAACAUACCCCGGAUCUGACCCACCACAGACCCAACAUACCCCAGAUCUGACCCACCACAGGCCCACCACAGACCCACCACACCCCAGAUCAGACCCACCACACCCCCGCACAGACCCACCACACCCCAGAUCCACCACAGACCCACCAUAGACCCAGCACAGACCCACCACAGACCCACCAUACCCCAGAUCUGACCCACCACAGGCCAAAAACAUACCCAGUCCCAGGAUCCAACUAGGACCCGUGCUCUCCUAGCCACUACUCAUUCCACAACUUACCACGGCUCUAGGCCCAGCAUAUCCUCUAACUGGGACCCACCACAGACCCAACUUACCACGGCUCUAGGCCCAGAAUAUCCUCUAACUGGGACCCACCACAGACCCAACUUACCACGGCUCUAGGCCCAGAAUAUCCUCUAACUGGGACCCACCACAGACCCAACUUACCACGGCUCUAGGCCCAUCAUAUCCUCUAACUGGGACCCAUCACAGGCCCAACUUACCACGGCUCUAGGCCCAGCAUAUCCUCUAACUGGGACCCACCACAGACCCAACUUACCACGGCUCUAGGCCCAGAAUAUCCUCUAACUGGGACCCACCACAGGCCCAACUUACCACGGCUCUAGGCCCAUCAUAUCCUCUAACUGGGACCCACCACAGACCCAACUUACCACGGCUCUAGGUCCAGCAUAUCCUCUAACUGGGACCCACCACAGACCCAACUUACCACGGCUCUAGGCCCAUCAUAUCCUCUAACUGGGACCCACCACAGACCCAACUUACCACGGCUCUAGGCCCAUCAUAUCCUCUAACUGGGACCCACCACAGACCCAACUUACCACGGCUCUAGGCCCAGCAUAUCCUCUAACUGGGACCCACCACAGACCCAACUUACCACGGCUCUAGGCCCAGCAUAUCCUCUAACUGGGACCCACCACAGACCCAACUUACCACGGCUCUAGGCCCAUCAUAUCCUCUAACUGGGACCCACCACAGACCCAACUUACCACGGCUCUAGGCCCAGCAUAUCCGUCUAACUGGGACCCACCACAGACCCAACUUACCACGGCUCUAGGCCCAUCAUAUCCUCUCACUGGGACCCACCAUAGGCCCAACUUACCCAUCAUGCCCUAUAUCUGACACAUCACAGGCGAAAAACAUACCGUGGCUCUGAUCAAGACCCAGACUGGUAGAGCCCACAGCUAGCCCACAAAAUGCCAACCAGCCCCUAGUCUAGCCCAUACCCUGUUCAUGUUUGCAGAUCUGAGGGAAUUGGAUAGGUGAUGGCUCCAUUUUACUGUCCAACGAGCUUAGUGAAGCUUCCUCCCACCCAAUUAGGUGGGCUUGGG